UGUUACGCGGAAGAUUCUAGAGCAUUCUAGAACGAUGCAAGUACGUGCAUGCAUCUUCCGAUUCAUGCACCUAUGUACAUGCAUCCCCCUUUUUCUAUCUUUAUUCAUGUAUCUCAUUAAUUACAUUCAUGUAUGGGGCUGGUUCAUGUAUGGGGGGACUAUCUAGGUUCGUUCAUUUAUGACGGCCAUGUACAUUGUACUUAGUGGAGAGGAUGCCUAUAUAAGCAGCCCUCUCCACCACUUUUCAUUCAUCCAGAAAUUGAGAGAUUUCCAUC